AAAAAUUAAAACAUAAUAUCAGUUUAUUUGUUGUGCACAGACAGCUUACCAUAGCAUCGAAUUAAGGUACAACAUUCAUUGCACAAAAUCAUGAGUUCGAAGGAGGAUUAUGAGAGGUAUUUUGUUCCCCAGGACUAUGUCAAAGAAUGGGCAGGUCUUGAUAUGUCGUUCUAUCCUGAUGCAUUACACAGGUUAUUUUCUACAGGUGUAGUAAAAGGUGAUACUUAUCUCGAAUAUGGGGCGGGUCCUGUUUUUCAUUCCGUGGCUGCUGUCUGUCCGUUUGUAAAAGAGAUAACUAUGGCUGAAAUGGUACCCCAAAAUAGGCAUGCGCUAACACGAUGGUUAGAUGAUGAAAAAGAUGUCAUAAACUGGGACGACUAUAUUUGCCGCUAUGUUCGAUUGGAUGCUAAAAGCACUGAAGUAACUGAAGCUAGUAUUGAUAUUAGGAAAACUUUGAUGAGAAGCAAAGUGAAGAACGUCAUUGCCUGUGAUGCUAUUCUUCCCAACCCUUUAACUCCUAUUGAAGCUACAUUCGACGUAGUGGGGACAAGUCUCACAAUAGAAUGCGCUUUGGGAUCGACGUACAGAGAACGUAUCAAAAAUGCAUCCAAUCUGGUCAAAUCUGGCGGAUAUUUUAUUCAGUUCGUAGCAGGAGCUCCGGCGACCGAAUGGCGGUGUGGUAACACUUUCUUUAAAUGUCCAGAGGUGCAGACAUUUGAUGAUUGCCUUGUGGCAUUGAAUGAGGCAGGAUUCAAUGUACUUGAAACAGAUUGCUUGAAGUUGCCACCUUACGAAGAUUACAAGUAUGAUGGAAAAGAAAUGCUUCUCAUCGUCUGUCGCAAAAUAUGAUUUUGUUUUGUAUUGUAGUUUCUUUCCCAAGUGUUAAAAAAGCGGCUGAGGGGAUUAAAGCGUGACUUUUAGUAUGUU